CUACUAAUCUAAUUUUUUUACAGAAAUAUACAAAAUGGAUUAUAACAACAAGAACAGACUCAAAGGGCAUUUUCCGUCAAUAAAUGAUACAGGUAAACUAUUUUGGCCAAUGUCUUACCACAAGAACAGGGUAAGAAGAUCAUCGGCCUUCGCAAGUGGACGAUAUUCUAGUUUAGUACCCGCCGUACUAGAAAAACAAGAGCAGAAGACCUUAGAUGCAAGAGAAGAGAAGGAGAGACGCAGAAGGAAGAAACAACGAGCUGCAGAAAGGUCACAGGUAGAUAAACUUCUGAAAGAAAUACAAAUAAUGCAAGAAGAGGAAGUUGUUAUGCCUAUCCAAAAGCACACACCGUAUGAGGUAGGAAGCUGUUAA